GGAAUGGAAUAUAUAAACAUGCUUUACAAUAUUUAUCAGAUGACAUGAAAUUUAAACAUGAGGUUUUACCAUUAAAUUAUCCAGAAAGAAUAACUCAUGCCUUAAAGUAUAACUGUGGUGAAUACGUUAACACAUCCGGUAGAGAUCCAAACAAAAAUAUAGAAAUUUAUGAUUUAGAAACUAAUCAAUUAAUGAAUGUAUUUAAAAGGUAUAAAUUUGCUUUAUCAAAUUUGAAUCGUGAAAAACCUGGUGCAUUUACGGUAUCUAAUGAUGAAAAUUUAUUAGCGUACGUAUCUGGAAAUGACCUUAAAAUCUAUUUAAUAGAAAAUGGUCUUGAAUUAUCAUCUUUAUCAUGUGAAGGUGGCAUGUUUGAUGUGGAAUUUAUGAAGUUUGUCUUGAACGAUGAAAAAUUAUUAAUAUUCAAAGCUGACAGAACUGCUGCAGUCUGGGAUAUUUUUAAUUCUGUUAGAGAAUCUAUCGAAUUCAUACCUUUGGAAAAAACCACAUAUUCAGGUUUAGCCAAGCAUAUGACGAGAAUAGUCAUUGGCCCUAGAUCAGAAAAUUUAGAAAACCUGGAUAAAUUAGAAGAAGAAAAAUUUGAGAAUAAGUAUUUUACGAUCCUUAAUAUAAGACCAUUCUUUGAUGAAAAUCAAAUAGUAUGGGAUAAAUUAGUUCUAAGUGAACAUUUGACAAGAUCAGGUCUUGAUUCGGAUUGGAGAGAACUAACUCCUUCUGAAAGUAACAUAACUAACGCGAAGCCUAAUGCUUAUGGCAUUGAAGAAGAUGUUUCGUUAUUAGAUUUGGAAGAAUCUGAACUUAAGUAUUAUUAUGGAACAGAACCAUGGGUUGUUCAUCCUGCAGAAAAAAUAAAGCGACCUUCGUUUUCAAGACAUGUUAUCUACCUUGAUAAAGAAAAAAACAUAAGACUCCUUAUAGGAUACAAUACUAUACAAAUUUGGCGUGGUAAAAAACUCGAAUUCAUUCACAUCGUUAAUGAUGACCCCGACGAACCAGAAGAACCUCAUGAAAAGUUCAAAAUUAUUAAAAUUAAAUAUGGUGUAGAAAAGUUUGAUCUUUUGAUUAGCACAGAAGAAGAAAAAAACAUUCAAAUAAAAAUAGAACAUGAAGAUGAUAUCAUCUACAUAGUAAGAAGUGCAAUCGAUGCACUUGUGUAUUUAGAUACUCAAAGUAAUUCUUUUAAUCUUGUUGAAGGUAGUAAACGUAUAAAAUUUAAUAAUAUAGUUCAGCAAACACGAAACAUUAUUAUAAGGUUUAUUACCUUAUAUUCGAAUCCUUGGAGACUAAUAGAUUUUCGUUAUAAGCUAAUGAGUAAAUUUAUUGGUCUAAAAGAUUUUUCACUCAUGGCCCAUAUUUUGUUUAGUCACAGAUAUGAAUCAGCUAAUGAUUCUGAAAAAUGCGUUUCACAAAUUCUUUCUGUGAUCUCAAUAAGUGAUAAGGAAAGUAAUAGCGAAAAUGACAUCAAAACUAAAUUAAAAAAAAUUAAAAACAUUAUUUUGAAAAACUCUUUAAGUCAUAAAAAAACUGAACAAGAGCGCCCUCUUCAUUCAUGGCAAGUUCCAUUAAAAGAAAUUUUCCCUGAUGAAGCUUAG